AUGUCAUGGUGUGGAAACAAUAGGCUCAAACACCGGUCUGACAUAUCCCCUUCACUGAGUUGUAAGGGCCAACAACCUCACAGGGGUAUUCGGAAGCGUUUUAUCAUUGGUUCAAUUCUAGCCUUGAUAGCAACGGUGUACUUCUGUUGGCUAAAAAGCAGGAGCCGGCUCAGUUCAGCAUCAUUUACCCGCAGGCUAGCAGGCGCUAACGAAAGUGCCGGGGAGGAGUAUAUGCUGCUGGGCAUUGACCUGGAGGCUUGCGGCAAUCUUGACAACGCAGCGGGCUUACCCGGACCAACUACCGUCAAUGUGUUGCGUGUCUAUUCAAAACUCCCAGAAAUGCACUCUGACGAGGGACCAGCACUUGGAAACAGGGCGGACAACGAAAGAGUUGAGAUGCAUUUGGACACAGCACCUGGGCAAACGGCGACGGCAAGAAUUGAUGAAUGGUUGAUGGACCCGAUAGAAGAUUUAGAGGCAUUAAUAAAUGCCGAGACGCAAGCUUCGACACCUGGAUCUUCCCUUAACUGCUCAAACUUUCCUCUUGUGGAUCAAAACGUGUCUGCUUUGACCGGGAUGAAGGGAGUAAAUCCGCUUUUGCAGCUGUCCAACUCACCAAGCGCCGGACACCUGGAUGAGAGCGUCUCUGGGAUGAGCGGAGACUCCACAGUGACUCCCAAUGAUUAUGACGGCCUUCAAGCUUCCAUAGAUCAGCUCACUUCUGAAGAGAGUGCCCUUAUUGAUCAACUUCUUGAUACGUUAGACGAAGAUUUGAAUUUACCGGAGCUUCCAGCAACUGCAGCAGGUCCGUUCUUGCCAGAGUUGCUGAGGCUGGCGCAUCUUUGUUUCAAUCACCUGAUCAGCAGCCGGCUAAACGCCAGAGGACUGCCGAUUUUGGAGCCAUCGAUGGAAGGUGGGCUGGAGCCAUUGAUGGAAGGAGGGCUGGAGCCAUCGAUGGAAGGAGGGCUGGAGCCAUUGAUGGGAGGUGGGCUGGAGCCAUGGAUGGAAGGUGGGCUGGAGCCAUGGAUGGAAGGUGGGCUGGAGCCAUCGAUGGAAGGAGAGCUGGAGCCACCGAUGGAAGGUGGGCUGGAGCCAUCGGUGGAAGGUGGCCUGCAACAUUAG